CCUUGAUUAGGAGAGUGCUAGAGCUUUUGGUCCCAACUGGCUGUGCCUAUAGGCUUGUCACCAGGAGAACAUUUGUGUUAAUUGCACUGUGCUCUGACAGGGGAAACUUUGAUUUAUAGCUGGGGUACCCAAAUAAUGGUUGCCGAGCGCACAUGGAUUCGGUAGAACUUUGCCUUUCUGAGUCAUUUUCCCUGCACUACGACGCAGAACCAUAUCUUUCAAGCUUUGGUCCCAAACUGGUGCAUCCCGCCUAUGAAAACCCUUGUGUAAGGGUCUACAGAGUUGUACAAGGCAAGCAGUUACCUUUAAACAGGCUCUUGUGCAGAAUGUCAAGCAAGGAUAGACACAUUGAUUCAAGCUGCUCGUCAUAUAUCAAGACGGAACCCUCCAGCCCUGCCUCGUUGGCAGACAGCAUCAACCACCACAGUCCUGGUGGCUCCUCAGAUGCCAGUGGGAGCUACAGCUCCACUAUGAAUGGGCACCAGAAUGGCCUGGACUCUCCACCUCUGUACCCUUCUGCUGCUGGGCUUGGGGGCAAUGGCCCCAUCCGGAAACGUUACGAUGACUGCUCCAGCACCAUUGCUGAAGACUCGCAAACAAAGUGCGAGUAUAUGCUGAACUCCAUGCCCAAGAGGUUAUGUUUGGUAUGCGGAGAUAUAGCUUCAGGGUACCACUAUGGAGUGGCUUCAUGUGAGGCCUGUAAGGCUUUCUUCAAACGGACAAUUCAAGGUAACAUCGAGUACAGCUGUCCAGCAACAAAUGAAUGUGAAAUCACAAAACGCAGACGCAAGUCCUGUCAGGCUUGUCGAUUCAUGAAGUGUCUAAAGGUUGGCAUGUUGAAAGAAGGGGUACGCCUAGACAGAGUACGUGGAGGACGUCAGAAGUACAAGCGCAGAAUAGAUGCAGAGAACAGCCCUUACCUAAAUCCACAGCUGGUACAGCCUGCCAAAAAGCCAUAUAACAAGAUUGUCUCGCACUUACUGGUAGCUGAACCAGAGAAAAUCUAUGCCAUGCCUGACCCCACAGUUCCUGACAGUGACAUCAAGGCCCUUACUACGCUUUGUGACUUGGCAGACCGAGAACUGGUGGUCAUCAUUGGCUGGGCAAAACAUAUUCCAGGAUUCUCCACGUUAUCCUUGGCAGACCAGAUGAGCCUACUGCAGAGUGCCUGGAUGGAGAUCUUGAUUUUAGGCGUUGUCUAUCGGUCCCUCUCCUUUGAAGAUGAGUUGGUCUAUGCAGAAGAUUAUAUCAUGGAUGAAGACCAGUCUAAGCUAGCAGGCCUUCUAGACCUCAAUAACGCCAUCUUGCAGCUGGUAAAAAAGUACAAGAGCAUGAAACUGGAGAAGGAGGAGUUUGUGACCUUGAAAGCUAUAGCACUUGCUAAUUCAGAUUCCAUGCACAUAGAGGAUGUAGAAGCCGUUCAGAAACUUCAGGAUGUAUUACAUGAGGCUCUACAGGACUAUGAAGCUGGGCAGCACAUUGAAGACCCUCGCCGAGCUGGCAAGCUGUUGAUGACACUUCCCCUUCUGCGGCAAACCUCUACUAAGGCUGUACAGCAUUUCUACAGCAUCAAACUGGAAGGCAAAGUCCCUAUGCACAAACUGUUCCUGGAAAUGCUGGAGGCCAAGGUCUGACUAAAAGCAUUAUGGGAUUUCCCAUCAUGCACAUUUAUAAAGGGAAAGCAUUAAGGAUAAAUAUAAGGUCGCAACUUAACUGUUUAUUUAAAGAAAAAGACUGCACUGAUAAUAAGCAGUAUGACUGUGAAGCAGCUUUCAGAUCUUUCUCCUCUGACUUUUUUAUGCAGUUUCAUUUUGUUUUUUUGUUUUUGUGCUGCUGAACUUUUAAAAGAGGUCUCUAAUUGAAGAAGGAUGGACGCCAGCCCUGCCAAAGGAUACAAAUCCAUAAUGUGGAUGCCAGUGAGCUUAUUUAUGAACUGUAAUGUCCCAGAUGACAAAGGAAUCAAACUCCAGACUGUUGUACUUAGCAGUGCAGUAGAGCACGGUGCAUUGACUGAAUGCAGUAUUAGGUUUCGCAGGAGCAGUGUCUAAUUAGGUGACUGCACGACGUUGCAUUGCCUGCUUCUUAUCGUUCAUUUUUCAUCUAGAUCAGUUACAGCCAUUUGAUUCCUUAAUUGUUUUCGAGUCUUCCAGAUAUUUCUUAGGUUAUCUACUAUAUAACUUUUUUCAGGGAAUAGUUUAAGCUUUAUUCAUUCAUGCAAUACUAAAGGAAAAUACUGCAUUUGUUUGCUGGCUGAAACAACAGCAAACAAUACUGAAGGACAAAUGAACUCUGAAGGAAGUUUUUUUAAGAAAAAAAAUGUUUUGUUGAUGUUAUAAAUGGAGAUUUUUUUCUACCAGCUUUAUCACUUUUCAGCCAUUUUAUUAAAGUGUGAAUUUAUCUUAUUCAAGCAAUAGUGGAAGGGAAGGUGCGUAUUUAUUUUCAUGGAUGCAAUUUAUGUUGUGUGCCAGUCUGGUCCAAACAUUCUCUUUUUAUCUCAAGCUGAUACUUACUAAAUAUUCCAAGCAAGUAUUAGAUUACACCUGCAACUUACUCGAGUAGUCUGUUUAGUUGUGUUAAAUGUUGUAUACUGAAUAUAAAUUAAUAGAAAUAGGUUAGCAGUAUGACUGCAUACAGUACCUCAUAAUUUCUGCCUAUACCAGUCGUUGAGUAAUACGAUUUUGUUAGGCUUAGAACUGCAGACUAACAGAAACUGGGAAGUAGAUCUAGUCUGUGAUCUGAAAAGCAAUAAGGUAGAUGAUGUCAUUUGUGAAGGUGACAAAUUAUAGGACGCUGCCGACCAAAUGUAACCUAUCAUUGCAAUGACUAUAAAGAGUAACUUCAGUAAAUGGUGGUAAUAAUUCAAGUCAGUCUGCAUACUUUAGUGUUAGUUGUCUCAGCGCCUAGCCACCAAUCCAGUUAAAGAGUGUUAAGAGGUGUAAUCUAAUGUAAGUACUGGUUGGGUAUCACCAACUGCUACAGUUGCAACGUAACCGGUAAAUAAACAUAACCUCCAUCAGUGCUGUACCAAUAUUCCACUUAUAUACCAGUAUUAGUAGCUGCUCCCUGUACUAUGUGAACACCAUUAUUCUAUGGACACAUAUGUAGUUAAAUUGUAAUCUUGACAAACAGAAAAAUGUAGUUCAGCUUUCUCAGUGUUUCAUGUUUGCUGUGCUUCUCUAAACUUUUAUGUUGCAUUCAAAGACUGUUGUCUUGUUCUUGUGGUGUUUAUAUUCUCGUGUUGUGUGCUUUUAGACACAGGGUAGAAUUAGAGACAAUACUGGAUGUACAAUUCCUCAGGAGAUUACAGUAGUGUAUUCUAUUCCUUACUGGUAAUAAGUAAGCGUUUAAUGAAGAUCAGAACCAGUAUUCACUCAAACAAAUAUUCACAAUGAAACCAUGAUAUUUUCAAAACAAGGAAUACUUUAUGUAACACUUUAUUAUAGAAUACCAAUGUAUAGCUUAGAACAGAAAAAAGACUUUGAAUAUUUAAAAAUAUUAAUUAAAUCUAAUUUUUAAAUGCUGUAAAUAUAGCCUCUCAGACAUCUCAAAUGUUGUUAAACUCGCUCUGUGUUGUUGCAAAACAUUUUUUGGUGCGGACAAGUUUCCAAAACUAUUGCUACUUUGUGUGCUUUAAAAGGAAAAAAAUAAUAUAGGUUGAAAGUAUACAUCAACCUUUUACUAUAAAUACUAUGUAUCUAUCAUUAGCUAAAUGAGACAAUAAUAGUAGAUUGUGGUUUCUCAGUAGAGAAGUGACUGUACUGUGAUUUCUAGACUAAUCAUUAGCAUUUCAUUCAGAUGGUCAAUAACUUGAACCUUUAGAGCUGUGGUAAACAUUAUAAAUUGGCACCUCCCUUUAAACAUGUAAGAGACAGACCACAACUCCUGGGCAAAUGGUGCUUUUUAUGUGAUUAUUCUGUUUUUAUCGAAAGCAAUGUAGUUUCUUUUUACCUCCACAGAAAAGUUCAGGGUUGCUGCUGCUAAAAGUAAACAUUGUGUUUAUUUCUACUGCUAUCUCUGCUCACGCCCAGUUUAUUGAGCAUAUCUUGUGUAUGUACAACAGGAGGGAAUUACACACUUCCUUCACAUAGGAUCACAUGUAGCAAAGCCUCAGUUAACAUUUUAGUGAUUGUUUGCACUUGUAUUAUUACUGAAGAGCUGUGUGUGUCUUGCUUGCCAAAAUUUGUUUAGUUGUCAUUUUGAAAGUACAUUGCUAAUAUGAAAAAUAAAUGGAGCAAUGUAGGCCAAACAGAAUGACCUCAACUUAAACCUUGCUUGUUGAAACCUCUUUGAAGUCUCUUUAAAGACCACUGAACAUUUCAAAGUAAGGCAGAAUGAAACUUGUAUAUUUUAGCCAUACAAUUUUAUUAUUUUCUUGCUUUUUUAAAUAUUUUAUCUUAUUUAUAGCAAUACGAUUGUGCGGCUUGUGUUAGCUGCACCUGUGUUUUGAUGAGAUCAAAAUGCUGUAUUUAUUCCACUGUUUUGCAAUGAAAUGAAGGCAAAAGCUGAAAAAUUUUAAAAACUGAUAUUUUUUUCUUGUAGAAGAGAAUAUGGGUAUUGAUAAUUAUAUUUAAAUUAUUUGGACAUCACUGUUUACCUGCCUAACAGAAUGUUUUAUGGCACUCAUAAAAAAAAAAAAAGACAAAAAAAUGAAAAACUUAUUUAAAAAAAAAUCCAGGAGUUGUAUAAUAAUUACCAGUAGAAAGAGAGAGAGAGAGAUUAAAAAACAUGUCUAUAGUGCUGACGUGCUUCACAUCUGUAAAACAAUCAACUGUAUAUUUUUGUGAUGUGUAUCAUACUGUGUUCUCCAACAAAUGUCCAUUUGUGUAAAUGUAUUUAUUUUAUAUUGUAUAUAUUGUUAAAUGCAAAAAGGAGACAUGAUUCUGUAACUUGGAUCAGUUCAGAUAUGUUAUUCAAAUUAUGCCUUUCAGGAUGAUGGUAGAGCAAUAUUAAAGAAGCUUCCACUUGUA